UUUGUCUUGAUAUCCAGUGGUGCUUACCUGACCGCGAAUUUUAAGACUGGUAAGUCUGUGGGAGAAAGAGGUUUUAAAUUUAUUUUGGAAGAUACAGUUCAGAAGCAUUUACAAAAAAGUAAUAUGGGAACCCAAGUGCCUAUCAGUGGGGAGUUUGUAUCUGUAAUCUGUUUGCCAGGGAAAGAUGAUAAAGUAAACUUAUUUUCCAAAUGUCUGACUGCUGGAUGGGGAAUAACUGAACCACAUCAAGACGAAUUUUCUAAAACUGUGCAGGAGGCAGUGGUACCACUGAUCAACAGUACAUCUUGUCGAAGCUACUGGGGACUGGAUAUUAAAAACACCAACACGUGUGGAGGGGCUGUGGGCUCAUCCUCGUGCAUGGUAAUUCCAGGAUGCACUGAUGAAUGUGGUUUUCUUCUCAGUGUGUCUCAUCAAUGGGUGUUUGCUGACCAUAAAAAGGUUGCAGGGAGAUUCUGGAGGACCGCUGCAGUGUGCCCAUGACGAACAGUACAACCUCAUUGGUAUCGUGAGCUGGGGCAGCAGUAACUGUCAGCCUAGCGCACCCAUGGUCUUUGCCAGAAUUUCUGCCU